AAGAUUAUCGUACGCGCAUUUCUCGAAACCCUCAUUAUCUCGCUUUAAUCUACGCUAAUCGAAUGGAUUAUGGAAGCGCCAUUCUGAUAUGCCAGGCUGCCGCGAGGCUGAUUUUCGUCAGCGCGAACUAAAUCCUCUCUACGCACAUUGUUCGAGAAAAAGGGAAAAUUGUGUAGAGUGAGAGAUUCUUAUGUACAACGCUCCACAUUUCAGACAGACACAUUCGUGAUUCAGUUUGUUGAGGUGAGCAUCGUCUCGUGAGUCAGCUGGAAAAUGACAAUAGGUAGUAUUGUUAUCGUGCUUUUGAACGCACUACUAUGCUCAGCAAAUACUUUUGGCGCUUUUACUGGCGUCGAUACGGCAUCACCAUUUGCGAAAAACUUUGUGUGUGAACCUAUUCCACACAGUCUAAAACUAUGCCGGAACAUUGCCUAUAACCAAAUGAGGUUGCCGAACUUAUUAGGCCAUGAAACCAUGGAUGAAGUUAAGCAACAGGCAGCAAGUUGGGUUCCGCUACUAAACAAACGUUGUCAUAAAGAUUUGCAGAGACUUCUGUGUUCGUUGUUUUCACCAGUGUGCAUCGAAGAUUCACCAGAACCGAUCUACCCGUGCCAGUCACUUUGUCAGGCGGUAAAAGGUGCCUGUGAACCGGUAAUGCAAAAAGUUGGAUACCCGUGGCCUGACAUGCUUUCCUGCGAUAAAUUCCGCGAUAACGAUAUGUGUGUUCCACAAGAAUGUCAUCACAAUUGUUCCAGCUAUGCUGAACCAGAAAGUACAGUAGAAAGCACGAACCACACUAUCGAGAAUAACAUCCCAGCAACCACAAGUACUCCAAUUUGUCCUGCAUGCGGGAAUGAACUCGAUGCUGAAACUAUAUUAAAUCUGUAUUGUGCAGUCGAAUUCGUUCUGAAAGUCAAGAUACGAUCCGUCAAAACAUCUCGCAAAGAUUUGAAAUUGAUGGCAGAUAAACGUAAAAGGGUUAUUUACCAAGAAGGCUCUUUAAAAAGAAAAGAUCUGCGGAAACUGACAUUGCUUAUUCGAGGUGGAAAAUCUUGUACAUGUCCUCAUUUAGAACCACAAGGAAAGGGCAAGAAAAAGAAGAAAGAUUUUUACCUAGUAAUGGGAGGAAAAGUGGGUCGAAAAUUAUUGGUUUCUGCUAUUUAUCGUUGGCCAAAAAAGCUCAAAAUGUUACGACGGCUAAGUAAGAAAUUUACACCCGAUCUUUGCUCGUGAAAAUAACCGGACUUGCCGCUAACGAAUUUAUCGAAAGACUUUAUCCCAUCGGAGCAAAUCGGGAUAUUGUAGUACCGCUCCGCAGAUUCCAUCUGCUGCAGAAUGCUGGUAAAAAAAUUCGAUCCACGCAAACUGAAGAGACUUAUCAGUCAGUUUUCAUCAAAAUGACUGAUCUUACUGAGGCAAGGGCGCUUCCCAUUGAUGUGAAAAUCAGUGGACUGCAGUUUCCCAAUUUUACCCAAUUUAUUUACGUCUGAUUUUUAGUAAAUUUGGACUGUUUUUUAUUAUUACAUUUUCUUUUCAAUGUAGCUUGUAGUAAAUCUGAAAGUAAAACAAUGCUUGCCGCCUCUGAACCAGCAUGUCUAAAUUAUUGUUCUUGUUGCUAGUAUGUUAUCAAUGAUAUUUUUACUGUUUUUGCCUUCAUAACUGCGACACAUUGUCAGAAUAAAUGCAAACAAAUAUGCUAGAUAUGUUUUCCUGUCGUUUAAUCGGCCGCUCAAGCAAAGUGCAUUUCGUGUUUAUGUGACAACACCUGUCGUCUUAGAAGCCCGGAAACGCCCCAGCCUUUGUGUCAGACAAUUUUUACGCUACUAGAUACCGCAAUGACCAUAAAUCUGUGUCGUGAACUUUACAUCGUUACAUAAACUAUGGCAAACCAACACGCCACAUAUUUAAAGCCAAAUGAGUUAGACUACCAAAUGCCAACUCGAUCCAUAAGAAUUUGUGAAACAUUUUCAUGUGAAAUAUAUAAGGCCCAUGUUCAACCAAUAGCAUUUCGUAUAUUAUAUGGAAUUUUACUUGGUAAAUAAUACCAAGUUAUCAGGCAUGUCUCGUUCACAAAAAUUAGUUGUGACAUUGUUUCACAGGAAGGCAAGAACAUGUUUGUUGACGCUACAGUAAGGAGCAAUGCGCCCGCGGCACAAGACGUCUGUCUACCUUACGCGAACCAUUAGGGAAUAUUUUAAAAAAAUAAUGGCGUAUCAUAGACACGAUACGAUACAAUUACCAAAUUCGAACGAUUGCAAAUUAUCUUUUGGGAUGUAAUCUUGUGCAUAUUCUUAAGAUUGUCAUAUUUAUGAUCUGUAUCUCAAGUAACAUUGAUGCGAAUGAUGUGAUAAGAAAUAUGUAACUAUUGUAGCAAAUUAUGGAAUGAUUUUGUAAAUUUCAUCGUCUUUUGAAGUAGUUAUCUACACUGCUUUGUGCGUAGUUUACUAUUUGUUUUCUGGUGUGAAGUAAAUAAAUGAAUUUUCUAGUACGUACCAUUUAUCAGAAUCGACGAACAACUCAUUUUAUCACCGAUUUUUAAACAUGCUAUGAAUGAAAUAUCAAAAGUCUGACCCAAUUCAACAGUUCUCCAACUCGUAUCCAUAAUUAUCCUUUUAUCAUGAAUGGGACAACGACGAGUAAACAUUGAUUUCACCCAUUUUAUAGGAUAUUACUAUAUUAUAUUUAGACUCACUGAAUUACGUAAUAAAAUGAACUUUUAGACUUU